AACAUCGCUUACGAAGCAGUAAAUUUCAAAUUUCAAUUGGGUGAUAUAGGAUUUACAUUUGUUUUUAGCCAAUAACAAGUAGAAAUGAAAUCGCCUUGGUGCAGCUCCGCAAUUGUACUGUUAGUCGCAUACGUACCGAUCAGUUUUGAGGUAGAAAUGGAUUGCUCGGACCUACGGAUGGGACAAUUUAUCUGUCCAGAUCCUAGUAUACGACACAUCGAUCCUAAAACGCAACAGUUAAAGGGGUGUACCAAGGAGAACAGGGCCCGCAUGUGGUGUAUAGCUGCUGAGGGAAUUGUCUGCAGCGAAACCAAGAACUCGAGCUUCACCCGGGAGGUGCCGUGCAAGUGGACAAAUGGUUACCACUUCGACACGGCUCUCCUGCUCUCAGUAUUCCUAGGGAUGUUUGGUGCAGAUCGGUUCUAUCUAGGCUAUCCCGCCAUUGGUUUGCUCAAAUUUUGCACCCUAGGUUUCAUGUUCCUCGGUCAGCUGGUGGAUGUCAUUCUGAUAGCCACACAAGUUGUUGGCCCAGCGGAUGGAUCAUCGUAUGUUAUUCCCUUUUACGGUCCUGGCAUUACGGUAGUCCGCAGUGAUAAUUGGACCUAUCGAUUACCCCAGGAUAAUUGGUGAUUGUUAGUUUGCAUUUUCUGUCCUAAUAAAAUAUAGUAAUGAAUUGAAACCAAAAUAAAGCAUAAAUUUUUGUAAUAAACGGAA